AUGGCAGGCCCAUCAAAGAAGCGCAAGCGCAACUCGUACGCCAACGGUAGCAACAGCAACGGCGACCGCAGACAUGCACUCACCGACAACGACCGCACCCACGGCCCGGGCUCCGUGUACGCGUCCAUCCCGCCCUCGCUCCUCUCGCUCGCCCUGACCACGUCGCACUCGCUGCCGCCGGCGCUCCAAAAGUACUGGUGGAAGCGGCACACGCUCUUCUCGCUCUUCUCGUCGGGCAUCCUCCUCGACGAGCAGUCCUGGUACUCGGUCACCCCGGAGCCCAUCGCCCACCGCAUCGCCACCCGCUGCUCGUCGACCACCGCCCUCGACGCCUUUUGCGGCGCAGGAGGCAACGCCAUCCAGCUCGCCCUCACCUGCGAGCGCGUCGUCGCCAUCGACAUUGACGAGAACAAGAUCCGCCUCGCCAGGCACAAUGCCCAGAUCUAUGGCGUCCAGGACCGCAUCACCUUUUGCCACGGCGACUACAUCGACUUUGUCCACGACGUCCAAGAGUGGCGUAGGCGCAAGGACCGGCGGAAUGACGGUGAUAGCGGCGGCCAAGGCCAAGACCGGGGAGAAGAGGAUGAGCAGUCGCAGCGACCUUCGAAAUGGAACGACGCCGAGAAGCUCGACAUCGACGUCGUCUUCCUCUCUCCGCCCUGGGGAGGCGUCGGGUACCUCGAACCGGCCUCGAUGGCAAACACGCCCACCACGUCGCCCUCGAAGCCCACUGCCACCUCGGCCUACACCGACAUCUACCCGCUCUCGCUGCUGCAGCCGCUGCCGGGCAAGCAACUCUUUGACCUCACCUCGACCAUCACGGGCGAUAUUGCCUUUUACCUUCCGCGCAACUCGGACCUCGACGAGAUCGCCAACCUCGUCCCGCCAUCCGCAGAGGGUGAGGGCGAGGGCGAGAACGGGGUCAAGAUCAAGGUCGAGGAGCAGUACCUCGGUCCCAAGCUGUCGGCCAUCACCUGCUACUUUGGCAGGCUCGCCAGCGACUGGGACGAUGAGACGGAUACGUGGAGGACGACUUGA